AUGGCUAAAGAGGUUUUCAUUCAAGAAUGCAACAAUAGCUCUGACUAUCGUCAACGUGCUCAUCUUCCUCUUCCUCCUUCGCGGCCUUUUCACUUCAUCAUCCUCUUCUUCUUCUUCUUCCUCUCGCCGAAUCAUUUCAGAUUAAGUAUUCUGCCUGUUGAACUGAAUAAAGAACACUUGGAGUUUGUUGUGCUCAUUGUCCAUGGUCCUAGCUUGUUUCAUUCCUUCACCAUACUAUACCAUUUGAUAAAUGCAGCUCAGCUUCGGUAUAUCAAGGAAGCACGAGAGAUCAGGCUUGCCAUGCAACCUUUGGAGCUCAUCAAAAGAGUCAAAGAAAUACAACAGGAGGCAUCUGCAGGACAUGAAACAGAUGUAAAGCAGAACACAGAAGCCGUUGAUCUGUCUAAACGGCUUAAAGCUUUCCUCCCCACAAACGAGGAAUCAAGCUUGAAAGCAUUGGAAGAAUGGCGAAAGCGGAAAAUGGAACGAGCAAGACAACGGGACCUUGAGAAAACCGGUGGUGUUUCAUCAUCCAAAACAUCAUAAAGACACUACUAACUCUCAACUAUCAGAUUUUUAACAUUAUUACGAAAAAAAAAGAAGAAGAUAUCAGAUUAUCAUGGGUAAACUAUGUAAACAUUACAAAGUCUCAGAAAAUAUUCAUAUUACUAUCAUAUACAUACAUGUUUAAAAGGUAAAGAAAUACAAAGGAAAGGAUCUCAAAUGUUGUAAUGUUUCCUACAUUGAACUUCACCAACCUUGUUAUUCAACAAACAAUAUUCACUACUAUUUAAUAUUUUUCAACACACUUGUAUCAAACAUACUCUUAUGAAAGUAAUUAAUAACCUUUAUACAUCUCGCGAUUACAAGCUAAUUACAGUAUUUAAUUUUCUGAAAGUAUUAAAUUAUUUAAUUGUUGUGAAACAGCCCUUUUCAUUAGUAUAGCCCAUUAGGACAACGAGUGGCCCAUUGACGACAUAAUCUGCCACGCAAACAACGUUGUUUCUUUUCCAAAACCCCGAACCGGUAAACCGGUGAUCCAAUAUCUAACCCAAUUUAGAUUUUUAGAAAAGUUAUAAUUUAAAAAUGUGAUAAAAUCCGAAACAAUCAUUACAAUCCAAAACUCGGCUACCGGUUGAACCAGUGGUUGACCCAAUAGAUAAUUUUUUUUAAAAAAAUUAUUUAGUAAAAUAUAUUUGGUAUUCUAAAUAAGAAGUUAGACUUUUAGUUUUUUACUAUCUUCUUCCUCUGUUGCCGGACUCCAUAUGUCGUCUGACUCAGUUUUUUAUUCUGUAUGUCUUUCGACUUUUUAUGUUUUUUUUUGUUUAUCGUGAAUAUCACUUGUGUUUGUAGUUUUGAUUUUUGUUUGUGAAUUUUAGAUUUUGAUAAAAAAUUUACCAUGCCACAUGUACAAUGAAAUAAACGAUGAUAGAGAAAACAAAAAUUUAUUGAUGUGAUUUAGUAUCGACAAUCUAUUACAAUUUGAUAUUUUACUUUUGGUUUAUUUUGGAUUUAAAAUUUAAUUUAAUUAUUCACAGUAAACAUUUAAAUACUUAUGGAUUUUAAGUUUUAAUAGUUUUUAUUAAAUGUUAAACAAUUUAAAUUAUUUUUGAUAUUUUGUAUAUGAAAUGAAAAUAAAAAUAAAGAAAAAUAAAUUAAUGAAUUUUUAUAUAAUUUUUAAA